AAAAAAUCGAAACUGUCAAAAUAAAAAUGGCCGCGCAUCGUGUGUUCAUUUCGCAUUAUUGUUGAUUCAAGAUUUUACCUUGUAAUAUCUACAAUUAAUUGUAAUUUUAGUCUAAUUGUAUAAAGAAGUUAUCGUAGUUUUUUAGCUGUGAUUUCAAAGGUGUGUAUUCAUACAAAAUGGAUUCAAAUAAGGAAGGUAAGCGUAAGAAGGAAAGAAACAGUGAUGAUGAAGACAGACGAAGGGAAAAGAAGUCUAGACGGGCUCGAUCGAGGUCUAGAUCACCAGACGAAAGCCGCGAGAGAGAUUCCAGACGGAAACGAAGACACUCCAAGUCUAGGUCACCCGGCGAACCCGCAAAACAUGAGAAACGAGCUAGCUCACCGAAGGAGCCCGAGGUCAAAAAAGAAGCGCCACAGCGACGUGCUAAGGACACAGACAUGUUAAACACAAGAACAGGAGGUGCCUACAUCCCUCCAGCCCGACUCAGAAUGAUGCAGGCACAAAUCACCGACAAAUCUUCAGUAGCAUAUCAAAGAUUAGCUUGGGAAGCUUUAAAAAAGUCAAUACACGGCCACAUCAACAAAAUUAAUGUUGGUAACAUUGGUAUUAUUAUCAAGGAACUGUUAAAAGAGAACAUAGUUCGCGGUAGAGGUUUGUUAUGUAGAUCAGUGAUACAGGCUCAAGCUGCUUCACCCACAUUUACUAAUGUCUAUGCUGCCCUAGUGGCCGCUGUCAACUCUCGUUUCCCAAACAUUGGUGAGCUCCUUCUAAAGAGGUUAAUGAUACAAUUCAAAAGAGGAUUUAAGCGCAAUGACAAACCUAUUUGCAUAUCAUCGGCUUCAUUUAUAGCCCAUUUAGUUAAUCAGAGAGUUGCUCAUGAAAUUCUAGCUUUAGAACUGUUAACUUUGCUAGUUGAGACACCUACCGAUGAUUCAGUAGAAGUAGCGAUAGCAUUCUUGAAGGAAUGUGGUCAGAAACUGACUGAGGUGUCCUCGAAGGGUGUGAAUGCUAUAUUUGAGAUGUUGAGGAAUAUUCUCCAUGAGGGACAGUUGGACAAAAGGGUGCAGUACAUGAUUGAAGUCAUGUUCCAAGUGUGGAAGGAUGGGUUCAAGGAUCAUCCGGCUUUGAUUGAGGAGUUGGAGCUAGUACCUGAGGAGGAGCAGUUCACACAUCUCAUGAUGCUGGACGAAGCUACAGAUGCACAGGAUAUUCUGAAUGUCUUCAAAUUCGAUGACAAAUAUGAGGAGAAUGAACAAAAAUACAAAACCCUCAGCAAAGAGAUCCUAGGAUCUGAUGCUGAAUCCGGUGAUGAGGAUGGCUCCGGAGAGAGUGGCAGCGAUGAAACUGAUGAAGAAGAAGAAGACGAGGCUCAAAAAGAAGUCACUAUCAUAGACAAUACGGAAACUAAUCUCGUAGCUUUACGAAGAACCAUAUACCUGACUAUAAACUCCAGUUUAGACUUUGAGGAGUGUGCUCAUAAGCUGAUGAAGAUGCAACUGAAACCGGGACAGGAAGUGGAACUCUGCCACAUGUUUUUAGACUGCUGCGCUGAGCAGCGAACGUAUGAGAAGUUUUACGGUUUACUAGCACAACGGUUCUGUAACAUCAAUAGGAUAUACAUCGGCCCUUUCGAGGAAAUAUUCAAAGAUUCAUACGGAACUGCUCACCGGUUAGAUACGAACAGGCUUCGGAAUGUCAGCAAGUUCUUCGCUCAUCUAUUAUUUACGGAUUCAAUUAGUUGGGAGGUGUUGGAGUGUGUGAAACUGAAUGAGGAAGAUACAACGAGUUCCAGUCGUAUUUAUAUCAAGAUUUUGUUCCAAGAGUUGGCUGAAUAUAUGGGUUUGAAGAAGCUGAAUGAUCGUCUGAAAGACCCGACCCUGCAAGAUGCCUUCUCUGGCAUCUUCCCUAGAGACAAUCCAAAGAAUACGAGGUUCUCCAUCAAUUUCUUCACGUCUAUUGGUCUUGGAGGCCUGACGGAUGAGUUGAGAGAACAUUUGAAACAGAUGCCCAAGAAUGCACCAGCGCCUAUUCCAGAGAUAAAGCUGAACAGUGACUCCAGUUCAGAAUCUAGUUCUGACUCGUCCAGCUCCAGUAGCUCUGAUGAUUCCUCGUCUUCCAGUGACAGCUCUAGUGAAUCUGAGACAGAAAAAUCUAGCAAAAAGAAGAAAGAAAAGAAAUCUAAGAAAGACAAAAACAAGGAAAAGGUACCACAAACACCUGCUGAGGAACCUGAGAAACCUGUUGAAAGAUGGGGCCAUGAUGGUUUCUAUGAUACUUAUGGUAAAGAUGCCAAGAGAAUGGAAAACAGGCCCGAUGCACGUCAAGAUAGAGAGAACUUCGCACGACCAAGGGAUGCUAGAAGAAAUGAUGAUAGAAUGGACCAGAGAAACGGAGACGAUAGGCGCAGGAGAUAUGACGAACAGGACAAUGGGGAUUAUAGACGACGUGACAAUGACAGGGGACGGCAAAAUGACGAUAGAGAUAAUGAAAAACAUGAAGAAAGUCAAAGGGUCAUAAAUAAAGGAAUCCAGAUAAUCGCUCAUGUCUCAAAGGAAAUAACCAGGAUAAACAAAGAACAUCGAAUGCUGAACAAGGAUAAUCGCGGAAGAAAAAGAAAAAGGAACAGAAAAGAUGCAGAAGAUAGAAGGGACAAUGACGAACCUAGGAGUAGAAAGAGAGAUGAAGAACGUCAGGCUCGCGAAGAAACGAAUGGAAAUAGUCGCAAAAAAGAUAAGAAUGAUAGAAAUAGAGAGGCUCGUGAUGAAGAAGACACUAGAUCUAGGAGAAGAGAUAAUGACAGUGGAAGAUUAAAUGGCGACGAACAAAAUAUAGACAAAAGUAGCAAAAGAAGAGAUGAUUCUGACGACCCUAAAUCUAAAAAGAAAGAUACAAAAGAAAAGGAAAGUAAAAAGAAAGACAAAACUGCCAAAAAAGAUAAGAAAAAGAAAAGUAGGGACAGUAGUAGUGAGGAUGAAAGUUCGAGCAAACGAAAGGAAAAGAAACGUUCUAAAGGUAGUAGUAAAAAACAGAAGAGUGAUACUGAGUCUUCAUCAUCAUCAUCAUCCUCUUCGUCAUCAUCAUCAUCAUCAUCCUCUGAUAGUGAGGAUGAAAAGGUACAUGGUAGAUAUUGGGAUAAUUUAGAUAUUAAGAGUAGAGACGAAGUAGAAAAGGAUAUUCAUGGCAGAAAAGAACGAACGUAACGUACCAUUGAUUGUAUGAAAUGCUAAUAACUUGAAAACAAAGAAAACUGAAAAAAUAUUCCUGUACUGAUGAAUAUGAUAUCUAGUUUGUUAUAUAAAUCUUAAUAAAUAAUUUUAAUUGUGUA